CGCAUAUACAGCAGAUAUGUCUUAUGAAGCAGAUCGGUACAAGCGAGAUGGGAUAUCCAUGGUUCCAAAGGGUUGUCCAGAUAAGUGUGGCAACGUUAGCAUCUACUAUCCCUUCGGAAUUGGACCUGACAAAAGUUGCUAUUUGAAUGAAUGGUUCCUCAUAAAUUGCACCAAAUCCUCAUCCCCUUAUGGUGUCCAGAAGCCCUACUUGAGGGCCUUUUCCGAUGGCAAGAACAACGGCGUAGGAGAGAUUCUGGGCAUUUCCUUAGAAGAUCAAACAAUAACAAUCCAAGAGUCAAUCUCUCCUCUCAUCCGCGGAUCGGGGGAAAACAAUAAUUCAUUCUCCAUAAUUGGCCGGGGUAACACAGAUUUAUCUGCAAACCCAUUCCUCUACUAUACAGGCUACAACAAGUUCAUGCUUUUCGGCUGUGGCAACGCUCUCCUCACUACUACUUCGCCUGGUCGAACUACUCAAAGAAUUCAAGGUGGUUGCACGUCGGUGUGCCGCAAAACCACCGAAUUUGAACGACCUUGCUACGGCAUAAACUGUUGUCAAUCUAGUUUAGGCAUCAGUGUAGUAAAAAUGCCGUACCAAGUCAACCUCACAGACUUGCCCGAAAAUACCAGCAACUACGCCUUCAUUGUUGCUGAAAAUUGGUUCCCUAAAAGCUUACCAGGUAGCCGACAGGAAGAGGUAGUUGUUCCGGUCGUUUGGGGGUGGAGCAUCCUAUACGACUACUUGCAGUUGCCUCCAUCCUCCUCAUACAUCUGCCUCAAUGGAAGUUAUAAUACUUGGUAUUGUGAAUGCCAAUAUCCAAACAAAGGGAACCCUUAUUUAGCAAAUGGAUGUCAAGGCAAUGAUAAGCUCACUGUCAAGCAACUAUCAGCUAUUAUUGGUGUUUGUGCAAGUUUUGGAUUUUUGCUGUUUUUAUUGGCUUGCUUUAUCCUCUAUAAGACCAUCAAGAAGAGAAAGAUGAAGAAACUGAGGCACAAGUUCUUCAAGCGUAAUGGAGGUCUGCUAUUACAGCAACAACUCUUAGCCAAAGAAGGCACCAUAGAGAAAACUAAGAUUUUUACUGUAAAUGAGUUGGAUAAGGCCACUGAUCACUUCAAUGCCAAUCGAAUACUAGGCCGAGGCGGGCAAGGCACAGUGUACAAAGGAAUGUUAAUUGAUGGGGAGAUUGUUGCAGUUAAGAAAUCGCAAGCUGUGGACGAGGACCAGGUGGAGUCAUUCAUCAACGAGGUUGUCAUUCUUUCCCAAAUCAAUCAUAGGAAUGUUGUCAAACUAUUGGGAUGUUGUCUGGAGACGGAAGUUCCUAUUUUGGUUUAUGAAUUUAUACCAAAUGGAACACUUUUCAGCCUCAUCCAUAAUAAUUUUGGCGACGAGCUCAUUCCUCUUUCAUGGGAUAUUCGCUUAAGGAUUGCAUCAGAGGUGGCUAGUGCUUUAUCUUAUCUCCACUCCGCCACAUCAAUUCCCAUUUACCAUAGAGACAUCAAGUCCAGUAACAUCCUUCUAGACGAGAAAUUUCGAGCUAAGGUUUCAGAUUUUGGAACGUCUAGAUCUAUUUCAAUUGACCAAACUCACUUGACUACUGUAGUGAAGGGGACAUUUGGUUAUUUGGAUCCCGAGUAUUUCCAGUCUAGUCAAUUCACAGAUAAGAGUGAUGUUUACAGUUUCGGAGUUGUCCUUGCUGAGCUCCUAACAGGACAAAAGCCAAUUUCAUUUGAAGUUAAUGAUGAUGAGGAUCGGAGCUUGGUAACACGUUUUUUAUUGUCCAUAGAAGAGAAUCGUUUCUUGGAGAUUCUUGACAGAGAAGUUUCAAAGCAAGGUAAAAGUGAAGAUGUUAUGGCAAUUGCGUUGCUUGCACAACGUUGUUUGAACUUAAACGGAAAGAAAAGACCUACCAUGAAAGAAGUGGCUGCGGAGUUGGAUGCCAUUAGAGCAUCUCAUCCUCAACUCCACUCCCCUCGGCCUUGAAAACAUUGGGAAUUGAGUCAGAUUUCACCGUUUAAAUUUUACUAUAUAUUUUCCUUUUUUCACAGUUUAGGAGAUGUCUUUUUCUUAUUGUUUAAUUUUAGGUAAAACUAAAUAGCCUUAGAGUGAGUCUUCCGUGACAUGUCACAUUGAUCAUUAUCUGUGAUAAGGGUCAGGUUAUGAUGGCUAUAUAAAAAUGUAAUACUAAUAAUGAAUAAAUUGUUUGUUAUUUAUAG